AAAACAGUAGUUAUGGCAAAGAGCAUCAAAUUGUUUGGCGCUGAAAUUCAUGUGAACAACGUUGAAGAAUCAACGAGAGGGAUGAGUAGUCGUCGUAGUAGUAAGGGAGGAAGAUGGAGUGAAGAUGAACAGAGAGCGUUCUUGAUUGGAUUGGAUAAAGUUGGAAAAGGAAAUUGGACUCGAAUUGCUAAAGAGUUUGUGCCAACUAGAACACCAACACAAGUUGCGAGUCAUGCCCAAAAGUAUUUUGAUAGACAAAAAGAAAACAAAGUAAACAAACACAAAAAGCGCAGUGUCUUUGACAUUGAUUUGGGCGAAGAAUCGUCAAAUACUCGUCUGGAGUUGUUGUCGAAAAGGGCGUAUAACAAGAAAGAUCACAAAGAGAUUUUGAAUGAAGAAAGUCCAAUUUCAGCAAUGCCAAUCAGAUACAUACUUCCUCCUAAUGGAAGCUAUGCCUGUUAUGAGUUUAAUUUCAUGUCAUUAUCGACUAAUGCAACUCCAGUAGUCCGCGGGGCUUCGUCUCAGUCUAGUUCUGCGUCCACGGAUGAUUUAGAUCUAUCUCUCUAGCUAUUUCAACACACAACAUUUACCCAAUUUUGAAUCUUUUCAGUAAUGUACAAGUUAACGGCUUUAUGUUUGUCUCUCAUGAUGUAACUAUUUUGUAUUUGUCACUUGUGGUAUCAAUCAAUAGCACUACAUUUUCAUUGUAAUAAUAUUGAUCAAUAUC